UAUAUAUAUAAUAUAGGGAAAAAAGUCCAAAAAUGUUGAUAUUUAAAACAUCGGCGCUGUAUCGCCCAUCCCUAAUCGGAACCUUGAACUAUUUUUUUCUAAAAUAGAUUACCAUAUCAUAUAUACUGUCCGGUGAUAGCUACACAGGAAGGAUCAUUAUAUGUUAUAGUUUAUUAUCAGAAAACUGAAAUGCAAGCAACAUGAAAUGCAGUGACAGCAUAUCAAAUACCACUGAGAUGGCAAGCAAUAGUGAAGUAAAAGAAUUAUUGCCUUUUGAUACAUUGGCAGAAUUAUACAGUACUUUGGACAAUAGAUUAAUAGAACUACCAUUGGUAUAUAUCACAGAAUCAGUAGAUUAUGUGUAUCGAGGUUCAGAUAUUGUUGAACAGAAAGUUUCGCUGGAAAGAGUGGAUAGAGCCGAACAACCUAGAACAUUAGUCUGUCAUGAUAUGAAAGGUGGUUAUCUUGAAGACAGAUUUUUACAAGGUUCUACCUCUCAUGAUUCUUAUGUAUUUUAUCACUGGAGUAUUGUUGAUACAUUUGUUUAUUUUAGUCACCAUUUUGUGACUAUCCCACCUUAUGGAUGGAUUACUACAGCUCAUCAUCACGGUGUAAAAGUUUUGGGUACUGUUAUUACGGAAGGAAACAAUUAUAUCUGGGAUACAAUUCUUGCAUCGCAAAAAGAUGCAAGAAAAUUUGCAGAUGCUCUAGUAAUGAUUGCAAAAAGUUAUCAAUUUGAGGGCUGGCUUUUGAAUAUUGAAAAUAAAAUUAAGUUAAAAGAUAUUAAUAAUUUAAUUUACUUUAUUAAAUAUCUAACAGAAACUAUUCACAAUAAGAUUGAAGAUUCGGAAAUUAUCUGGUAUGAUAGUGUGACUAAUAAGGGUGAAUUAAAUUGGCAGAAUGAACUCAAUGAUAAUAACAAAGAAUUUUUCCUGUGCUGUGAUGGUAUAUUUUUGAAUUAUACUUGGACAGAAUUGCGAUUGAGCAAUAGUCGUCUACUUGCAAAGGAAUUAGAUCGCGAUAUUAAGGAUAUUUAUGUUGGAUUAGAUGUUUGGGGAAGAGGUUGUCCAGGUGGAGGUGGUUUCAACUCAGCAUAUGCAUUAAAUUUGAUACGAAAACAAGGGCUUUCAGUCGCUAUCUUCGCUCCUGGAUGGACACAUGAGUACUUUGGUCCAAAUACUUUUCUAGUUCUAGAAGAUUUAUUCUGGGCUCAGUUAUUUCCUUAUUUAUAUGUGCACGUAGCCAUUUUUGAAAAUGACACAUUUAAAACUUCUUUCUGUCGAGGUGCAGGUAUCUGCUAUUAUUAUAAUGGCGAGGAACAUUUUGAACCAUACACGAUAAAUGGCGAAAGCACACCAGAAAAAAAAGCAUUUUACAAUUUACGUAUGCAACAACUACAAUUGGCAAUUCCUGUGCCAUAUUUGCAAUUUACGCGAUCAACACAACGAAUCCUUACUGGAGAUGUUGAAGUUGAAAAUAAUGAAAGUAACAAAACUUGUAAGAAGAAGGAAAAUCAAAUAGAACGUAUUUACGAAAAUAAAAAGAACAUUAUACGAGUGUGUGGUAACUUAGUCAAGUUUGAAGACAAAUUAUCUACUAUCGAUAUCAAUACUUUCGAGUUUUGUGAUCAAUUCUCCUACAAUGGUGGUGGAUGUUUAAAGUUGGUUACUAGAGAUCAUAGAUUAUAUCACAGAUUAUUCUUAGUUCAUAUCGAUAUGAAACAAGACAUACAGGCGACUGUCGUUUAUACGGACCUCGAGGUCAUUACCUCGGUGAACGAGUCUAACAAAAAUCCCAUUUUAAUCCUGGGUAACAACGGUAAUUUAAAAUCGGUUUUACCUUAUGAUUCGAGCGGAAUAAAUGCUAAAUGGAAAAAAUGCACCUAUCUGACGAAUUUAAGGACUGUGGAUGAGAUUGGUAUAUCUUUCUUAACAGAAUACAAUUGUUACAUAGGCGAAAUUGUUUUGGAGCAAAGAAGUCGUUAUUUUGAUAAUUCGGAUCCUGAGUAUGUUGCCAGUCUUAUCAGCGAUUACAACGUUCAACAAUUUACUUCGGGUUUGACGUAAUUGUAAUAUAUGCGUACUAAUCCAACAAUUAUCAACUUGUAUAACAUGCUGUGAUUUACAAAAGGCUGUGCUCGAAACAAC